CGACUGCAUUGUUAAUUGGGAAAGAUAUAUGAUGUGCAAUGUUUUGGCGUUUUGUUUUCUACUUUUAUUUCGUAUUAUAUAGUAGAUUCAUUAGAUUCAAAUGGCACUAUAAUGGAUGCGCUACUUUGUAACUUGUUCACAUGAAGGGUGCUAUCAAGUAAACCAAGGACCAGUAGUUUGCGAAAUCUUGGAAGCUACUGGAGCCAGUUUCAUUGCAAAAAGAAACAACUCAUCUCUCGCAAAGUGAAGCCCUAGUGUUGGUAAAUAUCAGGGGAUAGGUUAUAAUACCGUAUUCUAUGGGGUGUGACUUUUGGUAUUAUUAUGAAUUUACACGGUGUUCAUACAAGUUUAAUGUUGCUAGUCUGAGAACUGGAGUUGACAUCAGUAAUUACCAAAGAGAAAUACGCUACUCCUUUUGUUAUAGAUAGUAUACCAAGUAUUAAAAUGACUGAAAGAGUGAUUCGAAAGCUUAAUUUUACCAAUAAAAAUAAUUUCCAUCCACGAAUUAUGGGCUUCAAGUGAUUUUUCUCAAAGUCAAGACGAUGUGCAGGGUAUACUGUCAUGCCAGCCAUAUCGGCGCUAAACCCAAUUUGACGCUCGCUGCUAUCGAUUGUGUCGUCCAAAACGCUGCCCCAGAAAUUUGGCGACGCUCUGGCAUCACGCAUCACUCUCGCCCGAUAAUCAACAACCCUGCUGUUGCUCUGCCAAGCGCUGGCAUACACGGCUACCGCUAUGGAUGAUCUUUUGAAUCUCGAGCUGUUGUCGCUCGUAUCCAAGGUCUCGUCGGAGCUGCAAAACCACGUUGGCGUCGGCGACAAAACCCUUGCAGAGUUUCUCAUCGCGAAGCGUCUCGAAAGCACAACGUCCGAUGACUUUCGCAAAACAGUAGACGGCCUCGGUGCCGACUUUCCGGCCAGUCUAGUCGACAGCCUGGACCGGCUGGUUUUGUCCAUGCAUCCAAAGUUCAAAGGAAAACAGGCUGUGCCGGAAGAGGAGCACCAUCGCACGUUUGCUGAGAAGGAAAAGGUCUUCAGCGGCCUGUCCAUGGCCGACUCCAAAGUCGAAACGACAUCGAAGGAUGCCAUCGAUGACACAUUAGCGCUUCUUGCUGGCCUAGAAAGCAAAGCCGUCCAGUCAAGAUCAACAAACCGUCGAAGCAGAAGCCCCCGCGAAUCGCGACGCCGAAAGAGAUCAAGAUCACGCGAACCUCGACGACGAGAACGAUAUCGCUCUAGAUCUAGGUCACAAGAUCGUGGCGAUGAAGACUGGCGCGAUGGAUUUAACGGUAGCAGGAAGAGCGGCCGAGACCGACAACGACGACACGAUGACUACGACGACGAUCGCCUGCGACGUGCGCCAGAGGCAGAGAUGGACGAUGCACCGAUAUUAAACAAGGUUUAUCAGGGUCACGUUACUGGCAUAAAAGAUUUUGGUGUUUUCGUCAACCUCCAUAAUGUGCGCGGCAAAGUUGACGGAUUGGUUCAUGUGUCCCGCAUCAGUGCUGGCCAGCGAAUCAAUCACCCGUCAGAUGUGCUCGAGCGUGGCCAAAAGGUCUGGGUCAAGGUCACAUCUAUUGAAGGUACCAGAAUUGGACUUUCUAUGAAGGAUGUAGAUCAGAUUAGCGGCCAGGAUUUGGAACCACAAGCACGCAUGACUUCUGGAGCCAACAUGGAAGCGUUGGGAGGUAAUGGCCGUAAUGGCUUCCAUAAUGAACCCUCUGGAAUGCCACGAGAUGACAUUGGUGGACCAAGACGACAGAAGAAACGAAUGACAUCGCCAGAAAGGUGGGAGAUUAGACAGCUUAUUGCUUCAGGUGUUGCAAAGGCAUCCGACUAUCCCGAUCUUGAAGAAGACUACAACGCCACUCUCCGCGGAGAUGGCGAGAUGGAGUUGGAAGAAGAUGUUGAUAUUGAAAUCCGCGAAGAAGAACCUCCUUUCCUUGCCGGCCAAACGAAGCAGUCAUUGGAGCUCUCGCCUAUUCGAGUUGUCAAGGCUCCUGAUGGUUCGAUGAACAGAGCAGCCAUGUCUGGAACAAAUCUGGCCAAGGAACGACGAGAAUUGAAACAGCAAGAGGCCGACGCAAAAGCAAAGGACAAAGCUGCGGGCGAUCUUUCAUCUCAAUGGCAAGAUCCCAUGGCAGAUCCCGACAAACGCCAGUUUGCCAGUGAUAUGCGCAAUGCCAGAUCAGCCACGCAAGCUCAGGGAGAGCCCGAGUGGAAGCAGGCCAUUGCUGCCAAAGCACCGCCAGUGGUCAAGAGAGUCAAUCUCAGUAUGAAGGAACAGCGUGAAUCUCUUCCCGUUUUCGUUUUCAGAGAGCAACUCAUCAAGGCCGUUCAUGAGAACCAGGUCUUGAUUGUCGUUGGUGAAACAGGAUCCGGAAAGACGACACAGCUUACGCAAUAUUUCGCUGAGGCAGGAUUCGCCAAUGACGGAGUUGUUGGCUGUACACAACCGCGUCGUGUUGCUGCCAUGUCUGUUGCUAAGCGUGUCUCCGAAGAAGUUGGCUGUAAACUGGGAGAGGAAGUCGGAUACAAUGUCCGUUUUGACGAUUGUUCCGGUCCGCUCACGAAGAUCAAGUACAUGACGGAUGGUAUGUUGCUUCGUGAAGUGCUCAUGGACCCAGAUAUGAGCCGUUACUCUGUUAUUAUGCUUGACGAAGCACACGAACGUACUAUCGCGACUGAUGUGCUUUUCGCCCUCCUCAAAAAGGCUAUGGCGCGACGACCAGAGUUCAAGGUUAUAGUCACAUCAGCUACGCUCGAUGCGGACAAAUUCUCUUCCUACUUCAACGAAUGCCCUAUCUUCACUAUUCCCGGCCGUACAUUCCCUGUUGAGAUCUUGUACUCUCGCGAACCCGAAUCCGACUAUCUGGACACGUCCUUGGUUACGGUCAUGCAAAUCCAUUUGACUGAGCCCAAGGGAGAUAUCCUUUUGUUCUUGACUGGUAAAGACGAAAUUGAUACAGCGUGUGAGGUCCUCUACGAGCGAAUGAAGGCACUGGGCCCCAAUGUACCAGACUUGCUUAUUCUCCCGAUUUAUGCAUCGCUUCCACCCGAGAUGCAAGCCCGAAUUUUCGAACCUGCACCGGCUGGCAGCCGAAAGGUUGUCAUUGCCACCAACAUCGCAGAGACAUCUAUUACGAUUGAUGAAAUCUUCUACGUCAUUGAUCCCGGCUUUGUCAAGCAGUCAGCCUAUGACCCGAAGCUUGGUAUGGAUUCGCUAAUGGUCACGCCGGUUUCGCAAGCCCAAGCAAAUCAAAGAGCUGGUCGUGCCGGACGUACUGGACCCGGAAAAUGCUUCCGCCUCUACACGGAAGCUGCUUACCAGUCUGAAAUGUUGCCGACAACAAUUCCCGAGAUUCAGCGCCAGAAUCUAAGCCCCACGAUUCUCAUGCUCAAGGCGAUGGGUAUUAACGAUUUAUUGCACUUUGACUUUAUGGACCCUCCACCUGUAAAUACUAUGCUUACAGCGUUGGAGGAGCUCUAUGCUCUAAGUGCCUUGGAUGACGAAGGCUUAUUGACUAGAUUGGGUAGGCGCAUGGCUGAUUUCCCGAUGGACCCAAGCUUGUCCAAAGCUCUGAUUUCCGCCGUGGAUCUGAAGUGCUCCGACGAGGUUGUAAGCAUUAUUUCAAUGCACCAGCUGGAAGUCUUUUACAGACCGAAGGAGAAACAGCAGCAAGCCGACCAAAAGAAGUCCAAGUUCCAUGACCCUCAUGGCGAUCAUCUCACGCUGCUCAACGUUUUUAACUCUUGGAAGAACAAUGGCUACUCGAACCCCUGGUGCUUUGAAAACUUUAUCCAGGCACGAUCGAUGCGCCGCGCAAAGGAGACAAGAGACCAGAUCCUUAAAAUCAUGGACCGACACAAGCAUCCCAUCAUUUCCUGCGGUCGCGACACACAGAAGAUCCGCCGAGCGCUCUGCUCUGGUUUCUUCCGCAACGCUGCCCGAAAGGAUCCCCAAGAAGGCUACAAGACACUUACCGAAGGCACACCGGUAUAUAUGCACCCGUCCUCGGCACUUUUUGGCAAACAGGCAGAAUGGGUCUUGUACGACACUCUUGUGCUGACAACGAAAGAGUACAUGCAUUCCGUGACAGCCAUUGAACCAAAAUGGUUGGUUGAGGCGGCGCCCACCUUUUUCAAGGUGGCACCGACCGAUAGAUUAAGCAAGCGCAGACAGGCAGAGAGAAUCCAGCCGCUGCACAACAAGUUUGCAGCCAGCGAGGACGAUUGGAGACUGAGCGCCCAGAAGAGAGGUGGCCGUGGUGGUGGUGGCGGUACAUGGGGUUAAACAGCAUGUGUUGGCUGUUAAUUUUUAUAAGUGUAUAUCAGGCGUCUGGGUUUUAGAACGAAGCAUAAAUAUAUAGCAAUGCCAUUUUUUUUUACGUGUAA